AUGGCAUCGACAGCGGCGGUUCCGUUCUGGAGAGCGGCGGGCAUGACGUAUAUAACGUACUCGAACAUCUGCGCGAAUCUGGUGAGGAACUGUCUGAAAGAGCCCUUCAAGGCUGAAUCCAUGAGCCGCGAGAAGGUUCACUUCUCCCUCUCCAAAUGGGCUGAUGGAAAGGCCCAGAAACCAGGUUUCCUUCUUCCCAAACUCCCUUUCCUCAGGAUCAUUGAUCCAGAUCUAGCUUCUUCUUCUUUCUGUGAUUCUCUCUGUUUCAAGAUGCUAAAGAUUCGUACUUUAAUUAGAACCAGCACGAUUAGGAUUCCAGUUUAA